GGACUCGUCUUCGUUCGUGCUCCAUGCUCCAUGUGGAUGCUGCGUGCUCGUGGGUCCAUGGCCGUGUGAAAAGCUGCGUUGAGCGCAUUAAUUCGUUAGGGUACAACCAGACAGGACGCACUUUCUCUCCGAGCUGAGCUGCCGCGAAAGUCUGCCUUGCGUUAUCGUGUGUGUACCGUUCGAACCAACUGUUUUUGUGCAAAAGAUAAGCCAGAAGCCAGAAUCAGCUAGGAAGAGUAGCCCCAAAAAAAAAAACAGCAAAGACAGAAAGACAGAACUAUUGCUUAGAAUAAAGUUUAUAACUUUUACAACGCUCCAGCAUCCUGAGUACUGAAUCCUGAGUCCAGAACAAAACUCCAGUUUUACUCUCUGGCCAUUCUUCCGCGCGUACCAGUGUGUGUGUCUGUGUGUGUAAGUGUCCGCGUCUCUCUGCGUGUGUGUGUCCGUGUCCGUGUGCGUAUCCCAAAACUCCAGCUCCAGCUCCAGCUUCAGCAAAAAAAGUGUGUGUUCAUCAAUAAAAAUAAGCAAGAAACAUCUGAAAUCUAACUAAAAUUCAAUUAAAUAAUAACCGCUUAAAAACCAAGAACCAAGAAAAAAUGAUUAAAAAAAGCAAAUAAAUAACGAACGAAGAGGAAACCCCCAGCAACAACAAUGUGUUCAUAAUUAUAAAAGAAUUAAUUAAAUACAUACAUACAAAAAAAAAAGAGGAGAGAAAAGCUUAAAGUUUAAAGUAAUUAUGCUAAACAGAAACCCAAACCAUCUGUAUUUGUAUCUGUAUCUGUAUCUGUAUCUGUAUCUGCAUAUGCAUCUGCAUCUCUUCUCUCGCAUCCAUGUGUCUGCAUCUGCACCUGCACCUGCAUCCGUAUCUGUAUCUUUGCUGCUGAAUGCCCAAUGAGAAGAAGCCCAAAACGAAAAAUGCCAGCUCAAAAUCCAAAAUCCAUCAUUCGAUCAGCAAUCCAAAUCCAGCAAGCAAUCAAUCCAGCAAUUCCAUCAUCAAUUGCCACUGCCAUCAAUCCAUCAGAAAACGACAAAAAAGAAAACUAAAAAUUAUAUGCACGCAGCUAAAAGCCAAAAACACCAUCAACUGAAUUAAAAUCAAUUUCUAAUUAAAACAAAUAUAAAAUAAAUAUAAAAAAAAAUACCUAAACAGAAACACAGAGGAGGCAAAAGAGGAGCCACACAAACAAACAAAACAAAGCAAAACAAAGCAAACCAAAACAAAUAAAAAAGAGCAAUUAAAUCUUUCCAUUAAUUAUGGAACAUUCAUCAACAUUUUUGUUGUGUUUGUUCCAUCUUCAAAACGAAAAGGUCGCCGACUGUUUCCAGCUGCUGUCAUCAGAGGCACAACGCCGACUGGGAAAGUCUACAACUAAAUAUACAACAAAUUCCACCAGAAGACCAACAGCUACAAGCAAAUCGAGCCACAAGAUACAGCAUCCACGACAGCAGCAACCUCAGCUUCAACUCUACAACAAAAUUGCUGGCUAAAAAUUAAAAAAAACCGAACGAAACAACGAUACUAAACUGAACUCAAGAAGGAUAUAAAAAGGAAAGGAUCAUUAUCAACAAGAAAGAACAACAACAACUGCUACCUAAGGUUUCUCAAGCUCCAAAAACAAACAACAAAUAAAUAAAAUACCAUAAAACAAAGAGAGAAAAAAAAACAAGUGCAAAUUAUGUAAAUUAUAGCAAAAGCAAAUACGCUAAGGGAAAAGAAAGAGAAGCAAAAGCAAAGCAAACAAAAGAGAAUUAGUCAAAUAGAAGCGGCAGCAAGCAGAGGGAGAGAAAUAUUCACAAAAAGAUCUGUGACCAGGCAAACCGGAAAUUAAAUCUGCAACGUUUCUGCCCCGAAAAGACCAGGAGACCAAAGACCCGAGACCUGAGACCCGAGACCUCAGAGUCCAGAGAACAGACCCCGAAAAGGAAGAGGAAGCCGCAGCAGCCGCAACCGCAGCAAAAUCCGAGUCGAGCAAACGGAACACGCGUGCCAAAUAUUUGCUCAAAAAUAGGAGAAUAAAAUAAUAAUCAAAGCACCGGAGAGGAGAGUAUCCCAGCGAAUUGAGAGAUUUAUUCGGCGGGAGAGCGGGCAAAUAGGGGGACACGUUUCAUGAGCGCUGCAGCAGGCUCCGAGAGCAGGGAAAGGCCACGGACCGCCUUCACCGGAGGCCAUUGUUGACACUCGCUCUGAACUCUGACCCUCCGCCGUUGGUGCGUCUCGUCUCCGGUCCAAGCUCCAGCUCUUUGUCUCCAGCUUCUGCUCCCGCUACCGCUCCCGCUUUUGUGCUAAUCAUCGCGGACACAGCGAACGACGACUGCCUGAAAGGAGGUGACGGAGGAGAAACCCUGGCCAACUAUUUAACCAAGGUGACGAGGCAAGGAUUGCUUGUCCCAGAGGCAGCAGAAGGCAGUCGGAGGUCAGGCAGCUAUUCAACCCAGGAGGCAGGCGAAACAAGCAAACCAAGGACAUGGACUCCUCGCUGCCGUCGUCUCUGUCGCUGUUUGUCCUGUUGAUCUUUCUGGCGAUAAUUAAAGAGAGCUGUCAGGGUCCUCAUGAGAAGCGCCUGCUCAACCACCUGCUCUCCACCUACAAUACGCUGGAGCGACCCGUCGCCAAUGAGUCGGAGCCCCUGGAGGUGAAGUUCGGACUGACGCUGCAGCAGAUCAUCGAUGUGGAUGAAAAGAAUCAGAUUCUGACCACAAAUGCGUGGUUAAAUUUGGAAUGGAAUGACUACAAUCUGCGAUGGAACGAGACGGAAUAUGGCGGGGUCAAGGAUCUGCGAAUCACGCCCAACAAACUGUGGAAGCCCGACGUGCUCAUGUACAAUAGCGCGGAUGAGGGAUUCGAUGGCACGUAUCACACCAACAUUGUGGUCAAACAUAACGGCAGUUGUCUGUACGUGCCCCCUGGUAUCUUCAAGAGCACAUGCAAGAUAGACAUCACGUGGUUCCCAUUUGAUGACCAACAUUGCGAAAUGAAAUUCGGUAGUUGGACUUACGAUGGAAAUCAGUUGGAUUUGGUUUUGAAUUCCGAAGAUGGAGGGGAUCUUUCCGAUUUCAUAACAAAUGGCGAGUGGUACUUGCUUGCCAUGCCGGGAAAGAAGAAUACGAUAGUCUACGCCUGCUGCCCAGAACCAUAUGUCGAUAUCACCUUUACUAUACAAAUACGUCGCCGUACAUUAUAUUAUUUUUUCAAUUUAAUUGUGCCCUGUGUGCUAAUCUCAUCGAUGGCCCUCUUGGGCUUCACAUUGCCGCCGGACUCGGGCGAGAAGCUGACGCUGGGCGUAACUAUACUACUAUCAUUAACAGUAUUUCUAAACCUUGUUGCCGAGUCCAUGCCGACAACGUCGGAUGCUGUUCCUCUUAUAGGAGUUACAAUUCUUCUAUCGCUCACAGUGUUUCUCAACCUUGUAGCUGAGACAUUGCCCCAAGUAUCUGAUGCAAUCCCCUUGUUAGGCACCUAUUUCAACUGCAUCAUGUUCAUGGUCGCAUCGUCGGUGGUGCUCACGGUUGUGGUGCUCAACUAUCACCAUCGCACAGCGGACAUUCACGAGAUGCCACCGUGGAUCAAAUCCGUUUUCCUACAAUGGCUGCCCUGGAUCUUGCGGAUGGGUCGACCCGGCCGCAAGAUCACACGCAAAACAAUACUAUUAAGCAAUCGCAUGAAGGAAUUGGAGCUGAAGGAGCGCUCUUCCAAGUCUCUGCUCGCCAAUGUUCUCGAUAUUGACGAUGACUUUCGGCAUACAAUAUCAGGAUCUCAAACCGCCAUCGGUUCGUCGGCUAGCUUUGGCCGACCCACAACGGUGGAGGAACACCACACGGCCAUUGGCUGCAAUCACAAAGAUCUCCACUUAAUUCUCAAAGAAUUGCAAUUUAUUACGGCGCGCAUGCGCAAAGCUGACGACGAAGCGGAAUUGAUAAGCGAUUGGAAGUUCGCUGCAAUGGUUGUGGAUAGAUUUUGUUUAAUUGUUUUCACGCUCUUUACGAUUAUUGCAACGGUAACCGUGCUGCUCUCAGCUCCGCACAUAAUCGUGCAAUAAGGACGCUCAAUUUAGACAAUUAAGCUACGGAUACGGAUACGGAAGCGCAUACACCUAGCACACACACGCACACACACACGCGGAUUAGAUACGCCGGAGUGCGGAGUCUGUGUGUUAGGCGAGGGAGAUGCAUAGUUAAGUUCUUUUUCAAAAACCAAACCAACAAAAAACUAGCGAAGCUGCUUUGAAACCAAGCAAAAGCGAAGAAACAAAUGGAAAAACCGAAAAAAAAAAUUGUUAAUUACAUUUUUAAGUCAAAAACAAAACAAAAAAAGAGCAAAGGAAAUUUCGCAAAAAAAAAAUAGAGAAACAAAAUCAUAUACUAAACCAAAAUAUUUUAUGGAGAAACCAAACAAAAAAGCAAAAAUUACUGCCGUACAAGAAACCGAAUAAAUAAGAGAGAAAACAAAAGUGUUAAGUAAGCUACACAUACACACUGACAGACACACUAACACGAACAAAAUUAUAAAAGUUAAGUAAACAAAAAGCAAAAGCAAACCAAAAUUUGCAUAGGGAUGGAGUAGGAGCCAAUGGGCGGAGAGGAGGUGCACAAUAUGGAUGGGAGGAACAACAAAGAAACAUCGCGGCAAAGGACACACACAAAAGCUACAUACACAUACAACUGCACACACAUGUAUAAGUUAUAAGUUAAUUAACACGUUGAGUUGCUAUAAUUUAUGUAAGAUGAACAGACGACAGACACAGACAUAGGAUACGUACUAUAUAGAGCCACACACAAGAUACUACACAAACAAAAACACAUAAGAUAUAUGAUAUAUAUAUAUAUAUAAGAGAUUGUUCCUAUGAGACAUUAGAUAUGUAUUUAAAAUGGCAACACACCCACAUAACACCCACACACACUCAGCGACAGAGACGGAGACAGAGACAGAGACACACAGACACUGAAGCACUUAAUUGACAAAUGCAAAAACAAGGGAAAGAAACAACUUAUUUGUAGGCGAGUGUAGGCAUCAGAAGAUUGACUUAUUGGCCUUAUUUAUCCUUUGUUUCUCUCAGUUUACUUUACUAUAUUUUGUGUCUCUUAGUUUUGAUUUUUGGGAUCACGUGGACCAACAAUAUUUUGUUUGAUUUCCUUCAUUCAAAUUUUGCAAACAAAAUAUGAUCCCAGUGAAAAAACUUGAAGAGUCUUAUUUUCGUUCUUUAUAAAAAUCGUACAUCUUAUGUUGUAUCUUUUUUUUUGGUGCGGGCUUUGAGAGUGGAGCGUAGAUUGAAAAGUGAAAAGUGAGGGAUAGCUAAGUGUAACAUGGUAACAAACUGACACAUAAUAAUGGAUACAAACAAACAAAAAUAUAUAAAUACAUAUAUAUUGAAUAGUGAAUUGAAUUAAUUUUUAAAAGGCGCAUUCACGAACCCUUGGAGCAGGAGUACGAGUAUAUGUUCGUUGAACGAAAUGUUUUUAGAAAAUUUAUUGUUGAAAUAUUGUAGCAAAUCGAAAAUACCGAAAAUGAAAAUGAAAAUGAGCGAACCGAAUGCAAAUGCAAAAGCAAAACCAAACCGAGUUAUAGUCAGCAAUUAAUUAGUCAAAGUAAUAAUUACAAUGAAACACAAAGCAGAAAGAAAGCAGAAAGCAAACUCCAAGAUAGCAAUACAAGAUGAACAGGUGUAUAUAUAUUUUAUGACACAUAUAUCACCGCAUAUAUACAUACAUAAAUAUACAUAUAUAAAUAGAUAUAUUUUUAAUAAAACCAAUACGGAAGCGAGCAAAACUACAGACACUAGGCAGAAGCAAUUACAGAAGCAAAGGCAGCGCAAGAUCAGAAAAGAACAGAACCCUACUAAGCCAACCAACCAGAUCAACAGCCCAACCCAAUCGCAUCCAAGAAAUCACAAUUUUGUUGGAAGUUUUCGCAUAGUUUUCGAAUCGAGUUCUCUUCCCCAAUGUGUUCCUAGAUACGAGCUUCAAAUUUCGUCUACUUUACUCUGCUCUAUCCAAUCUAAUCCAAUCGAAUCAAAUCGAAUCAAAUCGAUUCGAAACGAUCUCCCCUCAAACACAAAGCAAAACAGUGAUAUUUACGGUAUAGUCCCCAAUGAACGAACUCGUACACGAACACUCUUUCCGGAACCCACCUACGAAACCUAUUAAUGUGAAUGUUUUCUACACAAAAACAAAAAUCAAUGAUCAAUGAAAAACCUACCUCCUUGUUGAAAAAAAUGAAACGAUAACAAACGGAUCCGAUGGAUGGGAUCGAUGAUUAGAAGAAGAAGCAACACUGCCGUAUUAAUCGCACUCCUCUGUCUUCCCCUUGAGUAAAACACCCCCCUCUCUCUCACACACUCUCUUUCCGGAAUAGUAUUUUAUGUGUUGUCCUAUCCGAGAGAAUUUCUAACAGAAUUGUGUGACGAACCUCGAACCUCGAACCACGAACCACUUUUGAUAGCCAGACGAAAAGUUUACUUAAAGGAAAUGAAAUCAGCUCACCCCCGAACACAGUCUAGGAAACGGAACGGAACCCCAUUGAGUGCUGGAAUCAAUUGAAGGAACUGCAGAUCUAAGCGUUAUAUGUGUAUACACUCACUUUGUAUGUUUUAUUUGCAUUUACGAGUACAUUUGAUAUUUGAUAUGAGAAGAUUUUUACUUACGCCCCGAGCGAUGCGUAAUCCUACCGAUAACUGCUCUGUCCCCCAUGAGGUUGUUGUUUAUGGAUUGUUUAUCGUCAAGAUCGAUUUCAAAUUUAAAUUCUAACUGAAAUUGAUAUCCUGCGUUGACGCAUAAGAAUACGUGCACGAUACGAUAUCGAAUGAGGAUCAGAAUCAGAUAAAGUUGGAUAUGAAAAUGCAGAUGCAAAUGCAGAUGCAGGUGCAGAUAAGAUGGAGACGGAGACGGAGAUAGUGUGUGCAUUUUAAAUUUAGUUUUUUUAUAAUUAAUUUAGUGCUAAUCUUUGAGCAGCUAGGCGCGUAAUUAGAACUAUGUAUAUGUGUAUGGAUGUCUUUUUGAUAAAAAGAAGCUAUUUUAAAAAGCAAACCAUUUUCUACACUCUUUAAAAGAUUGAACUCUACAUGUACGAGAAUAUGUAUAAUAAAAAUAAUAAUAAUAUAGCAUUAACUAGGCAAUUAUAAACCAAAUGAAGGCGAUGACGAAGACGAUUACGAUGACGAUGGGGGCAAGGAACUAUAAACUAAGCGUCCUACAUUAGGAGAGGGCUACUAACGCAAAAACCCAAAAGGAAAAGAAAAGAAAAAGAAA